GGGCCCAGCCGCGAGCUUUCCGCGGGACAGGAGGGACGGCGGGGGGCCCCUGGCACCUGCCCAGCCUGCGCCCCGAUGCUGCGCGCCCUGACCAACGCCCGGCGCCUUGCACGGCCCUGGAAGGCCCUGCGGGCGCGCAGCUGCGCCUCCCACGGGCCGGCUGGGCCCCCCGAGAUCCAAGUGCGCGCCCUGGCGGGCGCCGACCACGGAAUCGCUGAGAUUCUGAUGAAUAGACCAAGUGCCUGCAAUGCCCUGGGGAACGUCUUGGUCAACCAGCUGCUGGAAGCUCUGGCCCAGCUGCGGGAGGACCAGCAAGUGCGUGUUCUGCUAUUCAGAAGUGGAGUGAAGGGUGUGUUCUGUGCAGGUGCAGACCUGAAGGAGCGAGAACAGAUGAGUGAGGCAGAAGUGGGGAUCUUUGUCCAGCGGCUCCGAGGCCUGAUGAAUGAGAUUGCCUUUCCUGCGCCCACUAUUGCAGCUAUGGAUGGGUUUGCCUUGGGUGGCGGCCUGGAACUUGCCUUGGCCUGUGACCUCCGAGUAGCAGCAGCUUCCUCAGCUGUCAUGGGGCUGAUCGAGACCACCCGAGGGCUCCUCCCAGGAGCAGGAGGGACUCAAAGGCUGCCUCGAUGCAUAGGGGUGGCCCUGGCAAAGGAGCUCAUCUUCACAGGCCGAAGACUGAAUGGUGCACAAGCCCAAGCCCUGGGGCUGGUGAACCACACUGUUUCGCAAAAUGAGGACGGCAAUGCUGCCUACCAUCGGGCACGCGAACUGGCCCAGGAGAUCCUGCCCCAGGCACCCAUUGCUGUGCGGCUGGGCAAAGUAGCCAUUGACAGAGGAAUGGAGGUGGACAUUGCAUCAGGGAUGGCCAUUGAAGGGAUAUGCUAUGCCCAGAAUAUCCCUACCCAGGACCGGCUAGAGGGCAUGGCAGCCUUCAGGGAGAAGCGGCCCCCCAGAUUUGUUGGCAAGUGAUUCCCAUUUAAUAUAAGUAUGGGAGAUGCCUGCGUUCCAGUGCAGGAUCCAGAAGGAAAAUUUGUGGGGUGACUGGUCUCAUCGUUUCACCUAAGCUUUAGUUUCCUCAUAAGGACAAGGACAGAUAUAAAACCAUUGGCAUGGUGUUUGAUACUAAGGUACAUGCCAUCUACAGCUACCUUCAUAAUUCCUCAUCCUGGCUAGAUAAUCACUAGGGUCAAGUUGGCUUUGGAGAAUGUCUCUCCCUGCUCGAAUGGUAAACUACGGAUUAAAACAGACCACUCUGGGCCUUUGUAUUGUUGGCUCUCAGGCUUGAUCUUUGCCUCUUAGUUAUCUGGUGCUCACCAGAGAUGGCAAAAUGUUGUUAAGAACCCUCCAGUUUCUUCCUCUGUACAAUAAAUACAGAAAGCCUGGCAGUGGUUGACUAGGCAUCUGGAAUCACACUGCAGAUCCCAACUCUCUGCCAGAGAGUUCCUCUCUGUGUGCCUCAGCUUUCUCAUCUGCAAAAUGAAACUGUUGUAUUAAAAGAAAAAAAAAGCCUA